CGAGAAUGCUGGGGAGAAACGUGGAGAACUUAGGAGGCUGGCACGCAUUCUCGCCUGGUUGAGCAACCUUGACCAACGGGCGCUGAGUUGUCUUUAUAAACACAUGCGAUGCGGGGAUUACGAGGAUUUAUCGUCGAGAUAUGAGGCGCCAACUUUCAAUGCCGACAACCAUCAGAGGAUUGGCAGAAGAAUGCACACGAACGGCAUGCUCUUCAUAUGUCUCGGCCGAUGCGGCAGGACAAACAAUCUCCUGUCUAGCCCCUGUUAUAUGCGCGUCUCUUAAACCUGACCUUCCUUGUUCUCAUUUGCCCACCACAACCUAUCCCUUCCCUAUCAUGGCUGCCGCUGCUACUGCUCGGGCGCCUAACCCCGUUCUUCCUCGGCCCUCGCCCACAACAAUCGUCCCCACACCCAUUCCUUCCUCUUCGUCGACUUCCCACUCUACUUCCAAAGCCCUCGAUAACAUUUGGUUUCCCGUUCUUUCCAAUCUCUCGCCCGAGGACCGAGUUCUCUUCUACCGUAACGGUAUCGGCGCCCGCAGACACAUAGAGUUCCCAGUCGUCCACCACUCCUUCGAGCGUCAUGUGCGUAACCAGCCCGACGCGAUCGCCGUCGAGCACUCUACCGAGGGAACGUCCAUCACGUACGCUCAGCUGGACGUCAAAGCCAAUCGCCUCGCCCACCGUCUCAAAGCGCUGGGCGUCAGCCCAGGGAAGCGGGUGUGCAUCCUCGCACGGCGCUCGAUCCCUCUGGUCGUCGGCAUCAUGGCCGUCUUGAAGGCUGGCGGACAGUAUGUGCCAUUGGAUGCCGUCACUAUUCCCGACUCGACGCUCGGCUACGUCCUGAACGACGCCAAGCCCAUCGUUGUUCUCUCCAUGCACGAAUAUGCUGCUCGCGUCCAUUCCACCACGCCCAUCGAUUUGGAGGCAGUCAUCGAGGAGGACGAGGCUGCGCACGCCGACGGGAGCAAGCCGGCGGACCCGACGACCUCGGAUUGCGGCGUCUAUGCCAUCUAUACCUCUGGAACGACCGGUGUCCCGAAGGGAGUUGACGUCAAGCACCGUGGCGUGACGAAUGUGAUCUCGCCGGGUUCGCCAGCCAACGUCAAUAUGAGACCUGGCAUGCGUGUGGGGCACUUCAUGAACAUCGCCUUCGACAUGGGUGCAUGGGAAGUCUUGGGCUCCCUGUACAACGGCUGCACCAUCUGCGUUCGUGGCAACACCAAGAAGGACUGGAUCGCUGUCAUGAAGACGGUAAACAUUCUCAUGGUGACGCCAAGUAUCCUGUUCUGUCACGAGCCUGAAGAUUAUCCGCUUCUCAAACAUAUCAUUGUUGGAGGAGAACCCUGUCCCCAAGCACUUGCCGACAAGUGGGCGCGCACAAUUGACUUCAAGAAUUGUUGUGGUCCCACGGAGGUGUCUAUUUGCAACACGGUACAGCGUCAUACCGUGGGGUAUCCUCUGUCCAUCGGCUCCCCGAUUCCGAAUGUGAACACUUAUGUACUCUCGCGUGACCCUUCGAGCACACAACCGAUCCCUAUCGGGGAGGUUGGCUGCAUGUGGGUCGGAGGCAUCGGAGUGAGCGGGGGCUAUCUCAACCUUCCUGAGAAGACAGCUGAGCGAUACCGGCCGGAUCCGUUUGUUGGUGGUGGCGCGAUGAUGUUCAACACGGGCGAUAUUGGGCGCUGGCGGUCUGAUGGACAAUUAGACCAUCUGGGGCGGGCGGAUGACCAGGUCAAAUUAAAGGGCUUCCGCAUCGAGCUGGAUGGUGUUGCUGCCGCUCUUGGAACACAUCCUGACGUCAAAAACUCUGUGGCCCUUCUUAUCAAUAGCGAGCUCUGGGGCUUCGUCACGCCGGCGACCGUCGAUCUCGCGAAAGUCCGUGACGCUGCUGCUCGCAUCCAGCCGUAUCAUUCUGUCCCCACCCAGUAUCUUGCCAUGGACGAGUUCCCGAUCACCAAGAAUGGCAAGGCCGACAAGCGCGCGUUGCUCGUGUUUGCCGAGGGCCAUCCCUGCGAAGGCGGGAAGCGAUACUCUGCUGCCAGUCGAAGCGGAUCUUCUUCUCCUUGAGCGCGCCUUCUUCAUCCAUUCCUUCAUUCAUUUAUUCUUGGAUUAUGGGCUUGGACUGCUCUCGUUCUAAGUAUAUUUCAAUAACGUACAUCAUGUCGUCUGUACUAUGUACAUUUGUAGCUUAGGUUGUUUUUGUACCACUUGGGAUCCUGAAAUCGAAUUUUUCUGAUGCUUGACAAUGACUACGUGUCUUCCAAUUCUUCUGUCAAC